AUGGACAAGGCUUGGAUGCAUAUUGAAGAUAGAUUGCGUUCCAGCGAAUAUGCUGAAGGCGUUAAACAAUUCUUAGAUGUGGCGAAGGCCUAUGCACUUGGUAGAGACUGCAUUAGGUGUCCAUGUAGGAGAUGCCAAAAUCGUACUUUCCAUCCCUUUGGAGUGGUCCAGGAUCACUUGUUCAUUAUAAGAAUUGAUACAUCUUAUACGGCAUGGAUAUUCCAUGACGAGGAGGAAUUUUUGCCUGAAGCCACAGAUUCAGAGGAAGAAGUUCCUCAUGCCUAUAACUACAAUGACUACAUUGAUGAUGUUGACGAGAUGUUAGAUGACAUCCGUGUGGGAUCCUGUAUGGAUAAUUCCGCUGGAACAGAAUUGAAUUUAGAUGAAGGGCCUUCACAACACACUGCUCAUGAUCCGAUACAUACUACCUUCGAUGAUUUGCUAGAAAAUGCAAGAAAGCCACUUUAUCCAAACCGCACAAACUUCUCACAUCUAUCAUUCAUAGUCAAGUUGCUUCACAUAAAGACAGUUGGUGGUUGGACUGUGAAGUCUUCUGACAUGGUUAUAAAGCUCUUGCAAGUAGCUUUUCCUCAUGCACUGUUUCCUGCCUCAUUCCACGAGGCUCACCGCUUACAGCAGGGUUUGGGAUUUGGUUACACAAAAAUACAUGUAUGCCCAAAUGAUUGUGCCUUGUUUUGGAAGGAGCAUGCUGAUAAAGAUGAGUGCCCUAAAUGCAAUGCAUCUAGGUGGGCCUCAAUGCCAGCUAUCCAACAGAGGAUACCCCAAAAAGUCCUCCGAUAUUUUCCUUUGAAGCCGCGGUUGCAAAGGCUGUUUAUGUCAAAGAAGACUGCACAGUCGAUGAGAUGGCAUGUUGAAGAGCAUCUUGACGAUCCCAAUUUAAUGAGACAUCCAGUGGAUUCCAGUGUAUGGAAAGACUUCAAUAACAAACAUGCUUGGUUUGCCCAGGAUCUUGGUAAUGUCAGACUUGGUCUAGCGAGUGAUGGGUUCAACCCAUUCAAUAAUCUUAGCAAACCGUACAACAUUUGGCCAGUGCUACUUGUACCUUACAACUUUCCCCCUUGGUUAUACAUGAAAGAUCCAUACCUGAUGAUGUCAUUAUUAAUCCCUGGCCCAAAGGCUUCGGAAAAUGAUAUAGACGUGUUCUUGCGUCCCCUAAUAGAUGAGUUGACAGAUUUGUGGGUGGAGAGAAUUCAUACAUAUGACGCAUACAAACGAGAAUCGUUUCAGUUGAGGGCAGCCUUACUUUGGACCAUUAAUGACUUUUCUGCAUAUGCUAACCUUUAUGGUUGGAGCACGAAGGGUAAGUUGGCAUGCCCUUUGUUAUGA